AAAUGAGUGGUCGUAUCAUCAUGUUUAAACAGACCAUCUGGAUAAGUAUAUAGUUUGAUAAUCGCUCACAAGGAAGCCAAUGGAUUGUGUCACUGGCAAAACAAUCCAGGCAGAUGCCUCUGUCCGGUACGCGACCUACUGCCAGCCAUGCUUUUAUGAUGGGAAAACUCUCCCAGCUGAGGGCUACUGCAAUAUAUGCAAAGAGUUCAUGUGCUUUACUUGCACAAAUGUGCAUAAGAAACUAAGGAUUACAAAGUCCCAUACAAUUCUUGACAAGAGUACAAUGCCUACUACCAUGAAAGGCUAUUUAAUCGAAGAAGAAAGCACAGAGCCUUGUGAUAUCCACCCUGGAGAAUGUAUCAAAUACUACUGUCCAAUCCACCAAUCUCUUAACUGCGGACAUUGUUCGAUCAUUGAUCAUCAAUCUUGUAAACAGCAGAUCAUUUCUGACAUUGCUAAAGCCUUCAAAGAUGGCUCGGGUCAUAAAGACAUCAAAGAAGUUCUUUCGCAGUCACUGGAAUACAUUGAUACGUGUUUGUCCACUUGUGAAGACAAAAAUCAGUUUGUAGAAAAGCUUAGUGAAAGUGAGAUUUCUAAAUUAAGAGAAUAUCGAGACCAGGUCAACAAAUACUUUGACGAACGUGAAAAAGAACUUCUGAACAUUAUUUCCCAGAGAAAGCAAUUGGAUCGGAUGGUAUUGAACUCCAUAACAUCAAAAUGUGACAAUCUUAAGACCCAGGUCAAUGAACUCAAGGCAAACAUAGAAGCUCAGGAGAACAACGCUAGCCAGUUGUUUAUAAAGGCCAGGAAAGCCGAAAGCAUGCUGGCGGGAUGGCAAUCAGCUCUUGCCGAAAUUAACAUGGAGACGACUAUUCACCAGUAUCAGUUCAGAAAGGAUCCUGUAACUGAGAGGCUCUUGGCAUCACACACUGGCCUGGGCACUGUCGAGGAGGUGGUUGAUGCAAAAGCUCUAGACCAAAGAUGUGAGCCAACAACUUCAACAGCAACGGUCAAAGGCAUGAAAGAUAACAAUUCACCGAUUGCUGUUAUCAACGUACAAACAGUUGGGGAUAGCAAGGCUGCCGAAACAACCAAAAGAGCCUCACCCGAUUCAGUGACACCAUUGAUUACUGAUGGAACACAAACGACCGCAGAACCAAAACUAAACCAAAGAUGUGAGCGAACAAAUUCAACAGCACCGGACAAAGGCAAGAAUGAUAUCACUACAUCGAUUGCUGUUACCAACGUACAAACAGCUGGGGAUAUCAAGGCUGUCCAAACAACCAAAAGAGCUUCACCCGAUACAGUGACAAAGGAACCACCUUCGAUUUCUAAUGAAACACAAGCGACUGCAGAUUCAAAACAAAACCAAAGAUGUGAGCCAACAACUUCAACAGCACCGUACAAAGGCAAAAAAGAUACCACUACACCGAUUGUUGUUAUCAACGGACAAACAGUUGUGGAUAUCAAGGCUGCCCAAACAGCCAAAAGAGCCUCACCCGAUAUAGUGACAACGGAACCUCCUUUGAUUCCUUAUGGAACACAAACGACUGCAGAACCAAAACAAAAAAAGCAGACCAGUAUCACCACUGAUCUAACCAGCUUGAAAUUCACCCCAGCCCAAGACAUCCUUGUCAAGUCUCCAUCUGAUAGCAGUGAAUGCUUCCUGACCAGCAUGCUCCUACUGCCUGGGAACAGACUGUUAUUGUCUGAUCGUAACGGCACAGUGAAGCUGGUGGACCUUAAUACCAGCAGCAUAGUGUCCGAGGUCUUGGUGCAAAAUAAGGCAUGGGAUAUGUGUCUUCUCCCUGGGGACAGGGUGGCUGUUAGUGGAGUUCCGGGAUGUAUUCAGUUUCUGGAGACACGGAAACAAAUAUCCCUCGGGAACAACAUCAAGGUGGACGGUGACUCUCUAGGUAUUGGUUACCACACCGAAUGCUUAAUUGUCUCGUACAGUACCGGGAAGGUGGAGAAAAUGAAUUUGAAAGGGAAAGUGUUGAAGAAAGUACCAAAUAAUAGGUCUCAUGAAAACUUGUUUGAAUAUCCAUGGUACUUGACAGUUGUCAGUAAAGGUCAUACCGCAGCUAUAUACGUGACAGACUGCGGGAAACACACAAUCACCAAGCUGGAUAUGGACCUAAACAUCAGCAAAACACUCCAAGACCCUUCCAUGAGAGCACCAAGAGGCAUCACUCCAGUUGGAAACCAGCUACUUAUAUGUGGUUCUGAAAGUAACAACAUCAUGUGCCUUGCUCUGCCCUGCGUCAAGAUUACCCAGUUAAUGGGCGUGAAGGAAAAGAUAUGGGGGCCACGCAGUAUCUGCUACAGUCAGCAGCAGAACAAGCUAUUCGUUACCUGCUGCACACAAUGGAAUGCAGAUUGCGACAAUUAUGUCAGGGUGUAUACAGCAACAUAAAUGUCUUAGUUGAUACUUAUUCUUUGAAAGCAGCGAAAUGAGCAUCGAGGUCUACAAAAUCAUUUGCCUAAAUAGUUCAUGAGAAAUACCGACUGUUUCGGUGUCACAGCACAAUUUGUUCCCUAUUCUAUGUUUGUUAUGAAGAAUGUUUAUCUUCAUAUAUAUCCUGUAUUUGCUAUCAACGUAUUCUUUUGUUUCAGUUCUUUAUUUUGCAUUGUUUGUUUAUUUGUGGUAUGAACAUAUAUUUCCGUUUGACUUAACACAAUUGCUUAACUAGAUAUUGGAUGUUAUGAAUAAUAAACAAUGUCAAUGCAUUUCACAAAUCUAUACACAUAUUUCUUUUGCUUCUGUCUAAUAUUUACUUUGUUGUAUCUUUUCGUAAUAUCAUUCGACUUAAGGGUCCUCCACAGUCAAAAAGUGGGUAAAACGACAAAAACAUUAUAUGUUUCAGAGUUUCACGUUUAAUUUAGCUUUCAAGUACACUAUUAAGCAAAAAUAUUAUAAUAUCCUUUGUAAAUUGAAGCAUGCGUGGGUGUGAUAAGGAGUUGAGUAAAAUUUACGAACGACGAUUUUAUCCAGUUUUGGAUCAAAAAGCAUUUUCAUUUUUUUCGAAAAAUACUUUAUACACAAUUAUCAUGGUGUGUGUCAAAACAAUCCCAAUUAACAAUGUCUUCUAACUUAUGAUUUUUGAGUCUAAUUCUGAUAAAAUAUUCUUUUGUAAAAAAAAGUUAAUCUCCUUUUAGCAUUUAAACAUUUUGCAAAGGAUGGACGUAUUUUUAUUUUUGCAUCUUUCAGUUCUGUGGUUUGCUUUGUUCGCAUAUUUUGUUUGCAUACAUGUUUUCUUCUGUCGACUUGAGAAUACUCUAGUGUGUAGGGUUACCCUUUUCGACUGUUUAUCAUUUUCAGUUUCGACUUACCCCUAUGUUUGCUUAAGUAGCUGAUUAUCUGUGGGUUAUUAAAUAACCAUUUACCGCCAGAGAGCUAAACAGCGGUCAUUGUCAUGCUGAUGAUAUGCAUUUGCAUUGAAAGCUGAUUUCUUAAGUCAUGACCACCGCAAUUUCCUUUCAUCCCUUUUAGAGGUGUGAGGAGCUUGAAGACCAUACUAAUUGAAAACCGCACUAGUUGUCAUUGCACGAAUGUGUUGGGUAAACCGCUUUCGUCCUAAACAGUAAGCAUGUAUAUUUUUAGAAAAUGAUCUUUGACAGUGAUUGAAUCAUGUUUCAAGCAGUAUAUAGUUUGGGUGAAUUAGCAGUAAUUGUUUAAAUAUUGCAAAAAAUACGAUUUCAUCCGCACUAUCCUUUUUUGUAUAUUCUUUAUAUUUACACUGUCAAUGCAUUUUAUAUUAUGUACACACAUUUUUCUAUUCCAGUUCUAUAGUCAGCUUUAGUUGUAUAAACAUGUACGAUUUUGAAUUAAAACAAAUGUUUAAACAGAUUUUUGAGUUUAUGUAUAAUAGACAAGGUCAGUGCAUUUUAUAUUUUAUUCAUACUUUACUUCUAUUUUAGUUCUUUAUUUUUUCUAUAUUGUAUACUCUUUUUCGAAUCUAUAUGUAUUAUAAUUCGACUUCA